AUGAAUCUAAACGAAAAUCAAACAUGCCGUGUCGGGGAAGUCAAAGAGUGGCUUGCCGGGAGCUUCAACGUGUGCAUACCAGUCGACAUUAACGGGCAGGAUGACAACUCACGCAAACGGAUUCUCGUCAGGUUCUCUUUGCCGUGCAAGGUCGGAGAGAUUCAACACCCGGGCAAUGCAGACGAGAAGCUCCGCUGCGAGGCUGCAACCUUUAUCUGGAUUCGCCAGAAUUGUCCUUCUAUACCAAUACCUCGAUUAUCGGGUUUUGCCUUUGCACAAGGCCCAUGUUUCACCGCGAUUGAACACCCCCGGUCUUCAGCCGACUAA